AUGGAGUCCCCCCCAGCCCUUACCCACAGAGGACUUGUCCCCUGGCAGGGGCUCCUGCUGGCUGUCUCCCUCCUGACCUUCUGGAGCCCGCCCGCCGCUGCCCAGCUGGCUAUCGUGUCGACCAGCGCGGCCGAGGGGAAGGACGUGGUUCUCCGCGUCCGCAACAUGCCCCCCGAUCCCUUGAGCUUCGUGUGGUACAGGGGGGAGGGGGCGAAAUCCAACCCUUAUAUUGCAGUGCGUUCGAUGUCUCGGAGAGUUUAUGAAGCAGGACCUGCAUACAGCGGCCGAGAGAAAAUAAACUUCGAUGGAACCUUGCAGUUAAAAAAGGUCACCCUGAGGGACACAGGAAUCUACACCAUUGUCGUCUACCUUCGAGGUUCAAAAAAAGAAAUAGGAUUUGGACGCCUCGAUGUGUACCAGCCCGUGAGAGUGCCCACCCUCCUGGCCAGCAACACGACAGUCACAGAGCACAAGGACGCCGUGGUCAUGACCUGCUACACAAAUGCGAUCUCCACUCAGUGGCUGUUCAAUGCUGAGAAUCUGCGGCUCAAGNCGAUGACGCUGUCCCAGGACCACAGAACCCUCACCAUAGACCCCGUCCAGCAGGAGGAUGCCGGGGGUUAUCAGUGUAAAGUCUCCAACCCCAUCAGUUCCGCUGAAAGUGCGCCCGUCGAGCUGGAUGUGAGGUCCCAGUGA